UGUUGGCGCCUUUGCCACCGCAUGUACACAAAAAAUUAGCAGGAAACCCCCGUGUACGGUCAGAUCGACCCCAACGUACGGCUUAGGGUUAACCCCAACGGCGAACACGAAGCAGUCGGCAGCAGCGGGGCGAUUGCAAGAGGGUCGACGGGUCGACGGUUGAUUCCCAUCGAUCGGAGAAAGAAGAUGGGCGCGGGUGUGGAGAGAUCCAGCAACAAAAGAACCAUGGCGGCCGAUCCGACCAGCCGAGACGAUCCCUUGCCGGAGAAGAAGAAGAAGGUGGUGGAUCUGGGGAGCGACAGUGACGAGGACUUGCCUAAUCCGUCACAAUGGGCGGGGGUUAAUCCCGAUUCCUUCGGCGAUGACUACUUGGCCAAGAUGGAAAAGGCUAGACUCGACGAAGAAUCAGCUCCCCGCCCUGUGAAAAUUUCUACGCUCGACUACUACAAACCUGCCACCAGGUUUCACACCAUCGAGCUUUUCCCCGUCUUUCGAUCCGGAAGCAAGGCUGUGCUCCUCGCUGCGAAAUUUCUUCUAGGGAUUUCAUCCUCUCGCGAUGGUGAACCGCUAAGAAGGUGCUCUGGCUUCUGGGUCGAUUGGGACGAGGAGAAGAAAACUGGCCUUGUUUUGACAACUGCACGGCUGAUUCGCACAAAGGAUGCUCCUUAUAGUGUCUGGUCAGGCGGUGAAGAGUAUGCUACAGAUGCUGAUGUCACUGUUCAUUUGCUAAAUGGCACCAGUGCAAAGGGCCAGCUGGUCUAUCUCCAGCCCCACUACGAUCUCGCUUUCCUGGGUGUUCAGGUGGAUCAACCAAUCAACUUACCAUCUUUGAACACUGAUGUAGAAUUUGCUCAAGAGGUUUUUCGGCUCGGAAGAGACAAUUCCUUAAAUCUAAGGAUAACAUAUGCCAGGGCAGAAUAUUUGAAUCCAACCAUGUUUGAGCGGCACCACAAUGUAUACUUCCGUUCUCCAGAUGGUCAUGGUGAUGAUAAUGAGUUUGACUAUGGGGGGCCAGUUAUUGACCUGCGUGGAGAAGUUGUCGGAAUGGUCAACGUCCCUAAGAGAUUUGGGUCUUUCAUACCUUCUUCCAUUUUGCUCAAUUGUUUGGAUUCAUGGAAGAAAUAUCAGCACAUCACCCGGCCUCAUCUUGGAAUGAUGUUUAAGGACAUCAAACUUCUAGAACCUGCUCAUGUUGACAUGUUAUGGCGUAUGUUUAACAUUGAUGAUGGUCUUAUUGUUCAAGAGGUAGGGUCGCCUGCUGAGAAAUUUGGAAUCCAAAAAGGUGAUAUUAUCGAAUCUUUCAAUGGAAAGCCUGUUUCUUCCACAAUUGAGUUGGAAAAUACACUGAUGAGCAUAUACAAGGGAACUUUAGAUGCUGAAGUUCGUAUUUCUGUUCUACAGACUCUUGAACUGGCUGCUCGGUUGAGGAGGGAUGUUUGUAUAGUGUGGCUUACUGUGAUACACGCUUACCUGUGA